UAUGUGUGUAUAUUCUUUUUAAUAAUAAAAAAAUUGUUAAGAAAAUACUCAAAUUCGCGUGUUUUCCAAAUGCUACAGUUUUUGUACCGAAACAAAACUGUAGAAAUAUAUGUAACAUGAUUUUGAAAAUAAAUUUAGACUUUCAUUCAGUUUUCGUGUUUUUCAAUUAUUUAUUCAAAAUCAAUGCAACAAGUUGUUCGGUUUUUUUGAUGGUUUUGAUAGUAAUUCAGACAUUACAAGCCAAACAAAUAGACAUCUAUCUAUACUUCCAAUUUUAGCCUACCUUGUCUUCAUUGUACCAUGGAUAUACACUUUUAUACAAACAUUUUCCUAUUCCACUAAUUUCAAAAUUUGUUUUACAAAGCUGAUAAAAUAAGUACUACUUGUUAAGGUAAGUGUAGACACCAUCGAAUCAGUAUUUACACGCAAUAUUACAUCCCAAGAAAGCAUACUAAUUACAUUUAUAGCGAUCUAUGCUUUAAAUGUUUAAAUAGUUGAUCACGACCGUGCGUUGUGCGUACAAAAUAUGUAAAUGUUUGUAGUUGCAGAAUAUAACAAUUAUGUUAAUUUGAUAAAUAUUAAAUUUUUACAACAUUUCAAUAUAUGAACCUUGCGUAUUUGGGUAAUACGGACAUUUUACCAUUGUGGGGACGUUGAAUAUUUUUGUACGCUACGUUGAAUUUUGAGUAACGCUGUUACCAAAAAGUUUCAAAGUUGAACAAAUUAAACAUUGAUAGAAAUGGUGUUUUUAUAACCUUGCUGCCAGCUGAAGUCGACCGGUAAAAAUAGCCCCCCUCGUGAGACGCAUAUAUAGAUAAUAAUUCACCUAAUUAAUACGUCUAAAAUUUACACACAUCAGUGAUUAUCACGGCAUCGUGGUUUUGUAUCAUUAUCUGAUGCUUGGUAAUACCUUCAACUACUUUUUGGCUUCGAUGCUCUGAGGAGGUAUGGCUCCUUAUUUAUUUAAAGACUUUAUAUUUACACGUCUGUAGUGUAGUCUAGUUUAUGGCUAGUUAUAAAGUUGAAGUUGUCUUAUCAAUGUUAUCUCUUGCCACCCGCCUGCCUCCCACUUCCAGUCCAUUGAAAUUGUGGUGAAAACUCCCAUGAUGAAUGACAAUUAUUAGAGCUUGUCCAAAUUGUGAAAUGAUUCUCGAAAUCAUUUGUACUUAGACGUUGAUGCUGUUAGCAAAGGCCUUAGCAUGAAGUCGGGAACACGCUUAGAAGCACCUGAUGGCGGUUGGGGGAUACUCGUUUGCAUUGGCAUGGCAAUGCCUUUCGUGAGCGGUUUGGCAGCACUGCCAUCCUUUGGUUUGGUGUUCGGAGAUUUUCUCAAAAGUAUUGGAGCCGAGACGAGUGCCAUUGGAUUUAUAACUAGCGCUUUUUUCUUUUCGUUCAGUUUUGCGGGACUUUUUUCGGGGUCUCUGUUUAACCGUUUUGGAUUAAGGACCGUGGGUCUUUGGGGAGGAUUCCUGUAUUUCGGCGGCUCGCUGCUACAAAUUUUCGUCACAUCAACUAUUGGCUUGAUUUUUGCCUUUAGUCUGAUCCAGGGUGUUGGUUUUGGUCUCAUUGUACCCACAUCCUAUACCACCUUCAACAACUAUUUCGUCAAGAAGCGUAUAAUGUGGAUGAGCUUUUCCCAAUCGUUAAUUGGAUUGGGUUCUAUGUUUUAUCCAGUGCUCAUGCAAAAAUUUCUGGAGUGGUAUGGAUUUCGGGGAUGCCUUAUGGUUCUGGCAGCAAUAAAUUCUCACGCCAUUCUAGGCAUGCUUCUGAUGCAACCUGUAGAAUGGCAUAUGCGUGUUGUUCCUUGUACGAAUGAAGAAAUGCAAAAUCUCAACCAAAAUGAACCACUACCGGAGAAAACUCCCGAACAACCAAAGCCCUUAAGUGAAGUGAGUCACGAUAAGAACCAUUUAUCUGUAUCGACCUCCAAUAUAGGACCGCGAAAAUUAUCGAUUCAAAUGGAAAAAAUAUCAAGCCGUUGCUCCAGCAUUGCCAGUUUAGGCAAUUGGUCUGGCGCCAUGGUUGUGAGUGACGCCUCACCUGAAAUGCUCAACAUCAUAGGAUCGCGACGAGCAUCCACGGUUGUGUCAGCCCAAACGCACAGCAGCAUAGAUAAGAAGGAGACGAAAAAGUCUAAAUGGCAAAUCGUUGUUGAUUUUCUGGAUUUGACGUUGUUAAAGAAACCCAUUUAUGUCAAUAUCGUUUUGGGUAUAUCCUUCGCUUUAUAUUCGGAUAUUGCCUUUUUUACGCUGCAACCAUUGUAUAUGUUCGAGUUGGGUUUCAAUAAGCCGGACACAGCAAGCAUCAUUGCAAUCGGAGCGGCGGCAGAUUUGGGUUCGAGAAUAUUUCUAGCAUUUCUGGCCGUUUUCAUACAAGUGCCGUCCAGGUAUAUAUAUUUGGCUGGGUCCUUCUUCACAGUGUUAUCGCGUUUUGUAUUCCUCAAUGUAUCCAGCUUCAAGGGAAUGGCCAUAAUUACAGCGGUUAUGGGAUUCCUUCGUACUUGGAUUCAUGUGCCACUGCCGUUGAUUUUUGCCGAAUAUUUGCCCAAGGAAAGAUUUGCAACUGGUUAUGGACUAUUCAUGUUUAUGCAAGGCAAUGUUAUGUUUGCCGUUGGCCCAUUCGUUGGCUAUUUGCGAGAUAUGACCAAGGACUAUAUUCUUACCUUCCACUGUCUGAACUUCUUUAUGGGACUAUGUGCAUUUCCCUGGAUUUUAGAAAUUAUAUUUUUAAAGUUCCGCAGAAGAGAAAAGAUCCAGACAAAUGGUAUCUGAGUAUCUAGUUAUUCUAGUUCUAUCUAGAUAUAGUACAUAUCCAAAGAUGUAUAACAGCACUGACUAAUGUUAACAGUAUAAUAUACUGUAGAAUUUUUAAAAACAUGUAUGCUGUAAGUGUAUAAAAUUGUGAAUGCGAAUUGAUGUAUAACAAUAUUUAAAUAUAAAUAAAAAAUGCGGUAGUAACACCAGAAAUAAUAUUGUACAGAUGUAUACUGGAUAAUUUUUAUAUUAAUCGCUCCUGAACUAUAUGCAUUUACGACUGCUUUUCAUCUAUUCUGAGUUUAAUUAUUGACCGUGAUCUGAAAUAACAAUAAGUUUGGCAUAAAUAAAAACAACUAAUGAGAAUUCAAAUGUGGAAAAUUGUUUUCGGAACCUUCUUUAAUAUAUUCCUUCUCUUUUUAAGGGUUUUUCACAAAAAUAAGCCCUAUAUUAAAAAUAGUUUUUCGUCCUAUAGUCCACAAUUCAAAAUUCUGAGAAAAUUAUUUAUUUAUAUCAAACUUUUAAGAGUUUCUGUGUAACAUGUCGAAAAAUAGUUUUAUUUCAAACUUGUAUUACCGUUUGGUUCUUUACCAUGAUUUCCUAGCUAUUUCUGGAAGUUAUAAAAGGUAGUCACAGCUUGCGACUACACAUU